AUGUUUACUUCAAUUAAUCGUACUAUAUUCGAGAUUCCAUUAACUUGGGAUCGAACACGUUUUGAAGCAUCACGUAAUAAAUGUCGACAAGCUCGAAAAUUAGUGGAGAUUAGUAUUAAUGCUCAAUAUAAUAAACAACUUCGAGAAGUUUUUUUUCACAAACUUGAUAUUGAAAAAAAUAUUACUGAAAGUCAAGAACGUUUGAUUAAUCAUGAAAAAAAAAUGCAUGCACUUGAGAAUUUAACUGAUGUUGCAUCAGAAUCAUUGACUGAUUAUUUUGAUAAGCGUAUGGAACAUGUUCGUACUGCCAUACAAGAACAUUGUAAUGCUAUUCAACAAAUUCUUUGUGAAGAAAACGAACAUUGGAAAGAAAUCCAUAAUGCUAUAGAUCAAAAUCUAAUUACAUCGGAUGAUAUUCAUCGAUGUAAUAAUAUUGAUCAAGAGAUUCCAUUAACAAAUAUUCAUACUAUUAAUGAAGUAGAUGAAGAAGAAGAACGUACAUCAAGAUUAUUAAAUAAUAAAACAGUUACACCAUUAUUAACACAAAUGAUUCGAAAAUCUCGAUUACAAUCCAAUCGUCGUUCAACAAUCGAACCUAAUAUUCAUAUGUCAACUGAAAAAUUAAUUCCAAGCAAAAAAGAACGAUUUAGUGUUAUGUUAGCAAUAACUUCAGCUCGUCGAACACUUCCAGUUAUUGAUACAACAUUUGUUGUUAAAGUUGAAGAAUCAAAUAUUAUAGAAAUAAAUGAAUCACAUGAUUAUGAAGUUCUAUCGAAUGAAUCACAUCACGAUGAAGUUGUAAAAAAUGAAUCUCAUCAUGAUGACAUUGUUACAAAUGAAUCACAUCAUGAUGAAGUUAUACCAAUUGAAUCUGUACCUACAACAGAUGUUGAAAUAACACCAAGUUAUUCACAACCAAAACCACCAGCUCAAUUAUAUUUUUCACCAACACUUCUUCAAGAUCAUGACGAACCAGAACCAAUUCAAACUGUUCUUUCUAAUAUUGAUCAAAAUCAAACAAAUUUCGAAAAACCCAAACUUGUACCUCGUCGAUUUGGUCAAACAUUUUUACUUGAUAACAUUAAAACCGAAGAAAUCAGUACAAAUGAAGAUAGAGAAAAUUUCCGACCAAAAAUAUCUGAUGAAAUACCAAUGAUUAUUCCUUCGAAUCCAUCAAUAUUAACACAAAAAGAAUCUUCUCAUGUCGAAAAUUCUGAACAACAAAAACCAAUUGUUUCUUCAAAACGACCAGUACGUGCUAAACGUGCAAAAAUUGAAAUAGAACCAGUUCAUUUAACACGUCGUACAACAAAAAAACAAACACAAAUCAAUACAAAUCAACGUCAAACUCGAAAACGUAAACAAUCAAUAUCUGAUGAUGGAAAUAAUAAUACCGUUGUUUCACGUAAGAAAAAACCUGUCGCACCUCCAGCGAAAACUACUGCAAGAAAAACAAGAGUUAAAAAAAUAAAAGAAGUUCCUGCUCGUGAACCAUCACCAUUACCUACCAUCGAUCGAUCAAAACAUUAUUCUACUCGUUUUUCAACACGUUCUCAUCGAUUAAAUAAUAUCACUCUAUCGACGACAACGAUCAAUGUUGAUGAUGAUAAUAAUAAAUCAAAACAUUCAUCAGCUCGACUUCGUACCAAAUCCAUGGGACGAACUCGUAAUCACGAUGACGAUAGAGAUGAUCAACCAAUUGUAAAAAAACGUUUAACUGUAAAUAAAAAUCAAACAAAACAACGUGCUAAAUCAAUGAUGGUUACAAGAAAUCGAAGAAAAUAA